CGACCACCAGCCAGCCAUCCGAAUCAUGAUUUCUUUCUCGCGAGAUUUUCACGAACGAGGAAGAAGAAGGACUCGCCUGUUGUUUGUUUCGAUUUUCGCAGCAGGCUAAAAUGCGGACAUUUAAGUCCUUUGGUGUGUUAGUGAGUCUGUGCUUCGUGUUCGCAUACACCUCGGCAACUGCCGAUAUUUUUGAUGGAGUUUUGGGAAAUACUGCGUCUUGCCAUAAGACAUGUCAAAUGACUUACAGUUUGCACACAUAUCCUCGGGUGAGUUGCUGGAAGCUAGCUAGUAGCAUGUUUGUCGUUUUGCUAACUAAGCAAGUCUACUAUACCGAAAAACGGUGGAUACACUAAACGUUGUCCUUUAGAAGAGGACUAGCCAAAAAUGUACUAGCAACCGAAAAAAUGACUCUGCGGCGCCUACAAUGUAUUUAGCUGUUGUAGACUUCCGACCACUGCGUGGCUGUAAUUAGUGAUUCAGAUUGGAGGUGCCGAAUAGGCAUUUUUUUCCGGUUGUUUGUAACUUAACGUUACAUUUUUAUUACGUAAUUUUGGGGGCAAGUACAUGCUGGCCGUAACGGGAGUAAAUGUAGAUUACAGUAGUUGCUCAGCGAAACUCCGUAUUUGGUGAUCAACGAACGUAUUUUAACAAUAUAACGCUUGCAGAGCUGGUGAAUGGGAGUUUGAAUCGGAGCUUUCUGAGCGUUAGAGAGCACAAAGAUACUGGUUCAGUCCUGUUCAUGACUGUGUUUGUUUGUGUUGUAGGAGGAGGAACUGUACGCCUGUCAGAGAGGCUGUCGACUGUUCUCCAUUUGCCAGUUCGUGGGCGACAGCGAGGAUCUGAACCAAACUAAAGUCGAGUGUGACUCCAGUAAGAUUGUCAUGCAAUGUCUUCAAAAGAUAGUAAUGUUGCUAGCUAAGUACAUAGACUACUGUGCAGAAAACAGAUAGUCAUGUUGCCAGCUAAGUACAUAGACUACUGUGCAGAAAACAGAUAAUGCUUUUGUAAAGGGAAUUUUCAGUUGAACUAAAAGGUUUAUUAGAAGAAUUCAGGGAGAACCUCCAGAGCAGAAGCAAAUAAAAUGUCUAACGGGCCUCUUGGAAACAGGCCCUUUAUAUUCUAAUCAUACAGUACCAAAUGUUCCCAAAACAUCAGCUCCAGAGGCUUGUACGAAGUCAAAACAAAAGACAGUGACUUUUCCAGCUGCUACAGAAUCAGUCUUCAUAAUGUCGUCAAAACGAUAAUAAUCAGGGUGUCCUUGUAGGAGAAUCAAAAAUGUCAUGGCUUGGGGCCCCCAUUGAUUUAGUUAUAAUUUGAGCUACUCGGAUAGCAGAAGAACACGGUAUAAGCCAUAGAUUUUUUUUUGUAGAAUUGCAGGAAAUUAGCGUUACAACUGUAAAAUUCUCUCUCGGCCCCAAAAGAUAUGUCUGCAGCCAAGAGGAGGACCGUGCCAUUGGCCACACCCACCACCUAAGCCCCAUUUGAUUCAGAAAACAACAUGGAGUGACAAGUUACAAAGUAUACUGAGUAUACCAAACAUUAGGAACACCUUUCCUAAUAUUGAGUUGCACCCCCCUUUUGACCUCAGAACAGCCUCAAUUCGUCAGGGCAUUCCCAAUCAUGUGUCCUUGCAAUCUGUCUUGACUAAAUUAUUGAGGAACGCCACCGGUACACUUCUUCACGGUGGUUAAAAUCGGUGCCAGACAUUACACCAAUUAGACAGUCUUCUGGUUCCACGAGACUAGCCAGACAAUGUCUGUGUCAUCUGUUCUGUAACCUGUUUUUUUGUUUGUUUGUUUUUUACUUCCUGGUUCUCCCCAGCUUGUCAUGAAGCGUACAGGCAGUCAGAUGAGCAGUAUGCCUGCAACCUGGGCUGCCAGAGUCAACUACCGUUUGCUGAGCAAAGACAAGAGCAGGUACAAAAACAAGAGCAGGUAGUGUGCUACGCCGCUCCGUCAAACACACUCAAGUGACUGCCAUUGAUUGUUGAAGACCAAUAUUGACAACGCAAAUAUUGUUGGUGAACUGGGUGAUAUGUAGGAAAAUAGACUGAAGACAGCCUAUUGGAAUAUAAAUGUUGUUAACCAAUAACAACAGGCCUGUGUUUUGGAGCAUCUGAAUGUGUGUGUGUGGGAGGGGAGCCUGGUCCCAGAUCAGUUUGUGCUAUAGUUCAACUACCUCAUCCCCAUAUUGUUAUUUAUUUCGCUCAUUUGCAUCCCAGUAUCUCUAUUUGCACAUCAUCUCUUGCACAUCUAUCAUUCCAGUGUUAAUACUAAUUGUAAUUAUUUUGCACUAUGGCCUAUUUAUUGCCUUACCUCCAUAACUUGCUACAUUUGCACACACUGUAUAUAUAAAUUCUGUUGUAUUUUUUACUUUAUGUUUUGUUUUACCCCAUAUGUAACUCUGUUGUUUUUAUCGCACUGCUUUGCUUUAUCUUGGCCAGGUCGCAGUUGUAAAUGAGAACUUGUUCUCAACUGGCUUACCUGGUUAAAUAAAGGUGCAAUAAAAAUGUAUAACCAACUGGCUAGCCCAUCUAACCUGGUCCCAGAUCAGUUUGUGAUGUAUAGCCAACUGGCUAGCCCAUCUAGUCUGGUUCCAGAUCAGUUUGUGAUGUAUAGCCAACCGGCUAGCCCAUCUAACCUGGUCCCAGAUCAGUUUGUGCUGUAUAGCCAACUGGCUAGCCCAUCUAGUCUGGUCCCAGAUCAGUUUGUGAUGUAUAGCCAAACGGCUAGCCCAUCUAACCUGGUCCCAGAUCAGUUUGUGCUGUAUAGCCAACUGGCUAGCCCAUCUAGUCUGGUCCCAGAUCUGUUUGUGAUGUAUAGCCAAGUCCUGCACCAUUGACCAUAAAAGUUGGCAUGAAAGCACAAACAUAGUGCCUUCGGAAAGUUUUCAGACCCCUUGACUUUUUGUUACGUUACAGCCUUAUUCUAAAAUGGAUUAAAUUGUUUUUUUCCUCAUCAAUUUACACACAGUUCCCCAUAAUGACAAAGCAAUAACAGGUUUUUAGAUAUGUUUGCUAAUGUAUUACUUUUUAAAAACUAAAAUAUCAAAUUUACAUAAGUAUUCAGACCCUUUACUCAGUACUUUGUUGAAGCACCUUUGACAGUGAUUACAGCAUCGAGUCUUCUUGGGUAUGACGCUACAAGCUUGCCACACCUGUAUUUGGGGAGUUUCUCCCAUUCUUCUCUGCAGAUCCUCUCAAGCUCUGUCAGGUUGGAUGGGGAGCGUUGCACAGCUAUUUUCAGGUCUCUCCAGAGAUGUUCGAUCGGGUUCAAGUCCGGGCUCUGGCUGGGCCACUCAAGGACAUUCAGAGACUUGUCCCGAAGCCACUCCUGCGUUGUCUUGGCUGUGUGCUUAGGGUCAUUGUCCUGUUGGAAGGUGAACCUUCGUCCCAGUCUGAGGUCCUGAGCUCUCUGGAGCAGGUUUUCAUCAAGGAUCUCUCUGUACUUUGCUCCGUUCAUCUUUUCCUCAUCCUGACUAGUCUACCAGUCCCUGCCGCUGAAAAACCUCCCCACAGCAUGAUGCUGCCACCGCCAUGCUUCACCGUAAGGAUGGUGCCAGGUUUCCUCCAGACGUGACGCUUGGCAUUCAGGCCAAAGAGUUCAAUCCUGCUUUCAUCAGACCAGAGAAUCUUGUUUCUAAUGGUCUGAGAGUCUUUAUGUGCCUUUUGGCAAAUUCCAAGCGGGCUGUCAUGUGCCUUUUACUGAGGAGUGGCUUCCGUCUGGCCACUCUACCGUAAAGGCCUGAUUGGUGGAGUGCUGCAGAGAUGGUUGUCCUUUUGAGAGGUUCUCCCAUCUCCUCAGAGGAACUCUAGAGCUCUGUCAGAGUGACCACCUCCCUGACCAAGGCCCUUCUCCCCCGAUUGCUCAGUUUGGCCACGCGGCCAGCUCUAGGAAGAGUCUUGGUGGUUCUAAACUGCUUCCAUUUUAAGAAUGAUGGAGGCCACUGUGUUCUUGGGGACCUUCAAUGCUGCAGAAAUUUUUUUGAUACCCUUCUCCAGAUCUGUGCCUCGACACAUUCCUGUCUCGGAGCUCUACGGACAAUUCCUUCGACCUCAUGGCUUGGUUUAAGCUCUGACAUGCACUGUCAACUGUGGAACCUUAUAUACAGGUGUGUGCCUUUCCAGAUCAGUUCCUAUCAUUUGAAUUUGCCACAGGUGGACUCCGAGCAAGUUGUAGAAACAUCUCAAGGAUGAUCAAUAGAAACAGGAUGCAUCUGAGCUCAAUUUCGAGUCUCAUAGCAAAGUGUCAAUCAAUCAAUCAAUUUUAUUUUAUAUAGCCCUUCUUACAUCAGCUAAUAUCUCGAAGUGCUGUACAGAAACCCAGCCUAAAACCCCAAACAGCUAGUAAUGCAGGUGUAGAAGCACGGUGGCUAGGAAAAACUCCCUAGAAAGGCGAAAACCUAGGAAGAAACCUAGAGAGGAACCAGGCUAUGAGGGGUGGCCAGUCCUCUUCUGGCCACUCUACCGUAAAGUGUCUGACUACUUAUGUAAAUAAGGUAUUUCCGUUUUUAAUACAUUUGCAAACAUUUCUUUGUCAUUAUGGGGUCUUGUGUGUAGAUUGAUGAGGAAUGUAUUUAAUGUGAUCUAUUUUAGAAUAAGGCUGUAAUGUAAAAAAGUGGAAAAAGUCAAGGGAUCUGAAUACUUUACAAAGGCACUGUAUCUGGCGCCAGGCUAUGUGAUUCCUACCAGACCCCAUGAACUGGGAUGUGCUUUUGACCCUUGACCCCAUAAUACUGUCAUCCUCCAGUUGCUGGCCAUGAUGCCCCGCAUCCACCUGCUGUACCCUUUGACUCUGGUGAGAGGGUUCUGGGACGAUGUCAUGAGUCAGGCCCAUAACAUGAUGUCCUCCUCCUGGACCUUCUAUCUCCAGGCUGACGACGGGAAGCUGGUCAUCUUCCAGGUAGCGUCUUCUGUGGAGCGACUCCAACCCUAUUCAUCCAAGCCGACACUCCCUUUUAGGAUUGUUUUUCACUUUUCCUGUUGCACAUUUGCCACUGGCAGGCACUAAUUGACUAACUGAACUUGGGUAGGUAAUUGUUGGGUAACCUGAGUACGUAAUUUGAUUUGACAGACUGAACCACAGAUCCAGUUUAUUCCUGCGUUUGAGCUCCAGAAAGAGGAAGUCGGGGGAGAACCACAGUCGAAAUGUAAGUCGUCUUCAUCAUAUUCACUGUUACUAGCCGGCUACCACCCGGUACUCUACCCUGCACCUUAGAGACUGCUGCCCUAUGUACAUAUACCCUGAGUGUACAAAACAUUAGGAACACCUUCCUAAUAUUGAGUUUCACCCCCUUCUGCCCUCAGAACAGCCUCAAUUUGUCGGUGCAUGGACUCUACAAGGUGUUUUAAAGCGUUCCACAGGGAUGCUGGCCCAUGUUGUCUCCAAUGCUUCCCCCCAGGUGUAUCAAGUUUUGUUGGAUGUGGUGGACCAUUCUUGAUACACACGGGAAACUGUUGAGUGUGAAAAACCCAGCAGUGUUGCAGUUCUUAACACCCAAACCGGUGCGCCUGGCACCUACUACCAUGUCCCGUUCAAAGGCACUUAAAUAUUUUUGUCUUGCCCAUUCACCCUCUGAAUGGAACACAUACACAAUCCAUGUCUCACUUGUCUCAAGGCUUAAAAAUCCUUCUUUAACCUUUCUCCUCCCCUUCAUCUACACUGAUUUUGAAGUGGAUUUAACAGGUGACAUCAAUAAGGGAUCAUAGCUUUCACCUGGAUUCACCUGGUCAGUCUAUUUCAUGAAAAGAACAGGUGUUCCUAAUGUGUUGUACACUCAGUGUACAUGUACAUACUCAAUGAACACAAGUCACUUUAAUAAUUUUUACAUACUCUUUUACACACUUCAUAUGUGUAUAUACUGUAUUCAAGUCAAGGCUCAUCCUAUAUAACUACUGCUGUACACACCUUUUCUAUUCAUAUACUGUCUACACCCAUCAUUUUAUAUAUAUACAGUGGGGAGAACAAGUAUUUGAUACACUGCCGAUUUUGCAGGUUUUCCUACUUACAAAGCAUGUAGAGGUCUGUAAUAUUUAUCAUAGGUACACUUCAACUGUGAGAGACGGAAUCUAAAACAAAAAUCCAGAAAAUCACAUUGUAUGAUUUUUAAGUAAUUAAUUUGCAUUUUAUUGCAUGACAUAAGUAUUUGAUCACCUACCAACCAGUAAGAAUUCCGGCUCUCACAGACCUGUUAGUUUUUCUUUAAGAAGCCCUCCUGUUCUCCACUCAUUACCUGUAUUAACUGCACCUGUUUGAACUCGUUACCUGUAUAAAAGACACCUGUCCACACACUCAAUCAAACAGACUCCAACCUCUCCACAAUGGCCAAGACCAGAGAGCUGUGUAAGGACAUCAGGGAUAAAAUUGUAGACCUGCACAAGGAUGGGAUGGGCUACAGGACAAUAGGCAAGCAGUUUGCUGAGAAGGCAACAACUGUUGGCGCAAUUAUUAGAAAAUGGAAGAAGUUCAAGAUGACGGUCAAUCAUCCUCGGUCUGGGGCUCCAUGCAAGAUCUCACCUCGUGGGGCAUCAAUGAUCAUGAGGAAGGUGAGGGAUCAGCCCAGAACUACACGGCAGGACCUGGUCAAUGACCUGAAGAGAGCUGGGACCACAGUCUCAAAGAAAACCAUUAGUAACACACUACGCCGUCAUGGAUUAAAAUCCUGCAGCGCACGCAAGGUCCCCCUGCUCAAGCCAGCGCAUGUCCAGGCCUGUCUGAAGUUUGCCAAUGACCAUCUGGAUGAUCCAGAGGAGGAAUGGGAGAAAGUCAUGUGGUCUAAUGAGACAAAAAUAGAGCUUUUUGGUCUAAACUCCAAUCACCGUGUUUGGAGGAAGAAGAAGGAUGAGUACAGUCCCAAGAACACCAUCCCAACCGUGAAGCAUGGAGGUGGAAACAUCAUUCUUUGGGGAUGCUUUUCUGCAAAGGGGACAGGACGACUGCAUCGUAUUGAGGGGAGGAUGGAUGGGGCCAUGUAUCGCGAGAUCUUGGCCAACAACCUCCUUCCCUCAGUAAGAGCAUUGAAGAUGGGUCGUGGCUGGGUCUUCCAGCAUGACAACAACCUGAAACACACAGCCAGGGCAACUAAGGAGUGGCUCCGUAAGAAGCAUCUCAAGGUCCUGGAGUGGCAUAGCCAGUCUCCAGACCUGAACCCAAUAGAAAAUCUUUGGAGGGAGCUGAAAGUCCUUAUUGCCCAGCGACAGCCCCGAAACCUGAAUGAUCUGGAGAAGGUAUGUAUGGAGGAGUGGGCCAAAAUCCCUGCUGCAGUGUGUGCAAACCUGGUCAAGACCUACAGGAAACGUAUGAUCUCUGUAAUUGCAAACAAAGGUUUCUGUACCAAAUAUUAAGUUCUGCUUUUCUGAUGUAUCAAAUACUUAUGUCAUGCAAUAAAAUGCAAAUUAAUUACUUAAAAAUCAUACAAUUUGAUUUUCUGGAUUUUUGUUUUAGAUUCCGUCUCUCACAGUUGAAGUGUACCUAGGAUAAAAAUUACAGACCUCUACAUGCUUUGAUAUAUAUAUAUAUACACACAGUACUAGUCAAAGGUUUGGACACCUACUAAUUUAAGGGUUUUUCUUAAUUUUUUUUUAAUUUUCUACAUUGUAGAAUAAUAGUGAAGACAUCAAAACUAUGAAAUAACACAUAUGGAAUCAUGUAGUAACCAAAAAAGGGUUAAACAAAUCAAAAUAUAUUUGAAAUUCUUCAAAGUAGCCACCCUUUGCCAUGAUGACAGCUUUGCACACUCUUGGCAUUCUCUCAACCAGCUUCAUGAGAUAGUCACCUGGAAUGCUUUUCAAUUAACAGGUGUGCCUUGUUAAAAGUUAAUUUGUGGAAUUUCUUUCCUUCUUAAUGCGUUUGUUCCAAUCAGUUGUGUUGUGACAAGGUAUACAGAAAAUAGCCCUAUUUGGUAAAAGACCAAGUCCAUAUUAUGGCAAGAACAGCUCAAAUAAGCAAAGAGAAACGACAGUCCAUCAUUACUUUAAGACAUGAAGGUCAGUCAAUACGGAACAUUUCAAUUACUUUCAAGUGCAGUUGCAAAAACCAUCAAUUGCUAUGAUGAAACUGGCUCUCAUGAGGACCGCCACAGGAAUGGAAGACCCAGAGUUACCUCUGCCGCAGAGGAUAAGUUCAUUAGUUACCAGCCUCAGAAAUUGCAGCCCAAAUAAAUGCUUCACAGAGUUCAAGUAACAGACACAUCUCAACAUCAACUGUUCAGAGGAGACUGUGUGAAUCAGGCCUUCAUGGUCGAAUUGCUGCAAAGAAACCACUACUAAAGGACACCAAUAAGAAGAAGAGACUUGCUUGGUCCAAGAAACACGAGCAAUGGACAUUAGACUGGUGGAAAUGUGUCCUUUUGGUCUGGAGGAAUGCUUGGAGUCCAAAUUGGAAAUGUUUUGUUCCAAUUUUUGUGAGAUGCGGUGUGGGUGAACGGAUGAUCUCCGCAUGUGUAUUUCCCACCGUAAAGCAUGGAGGAGGAGGUGUUAUGGUGUGGGGGUGCUUUGCUGGUGACACUGUCUGUGAUUUAUUUUGAAUUCAAGGCACACUUAACCAGCAUGGCUACCACAGCAUUCUGCAGCGAUAUGCCAUCCUAUCUGGCUUGGGCUUAGUGGGACUAUCAUUUGUUUUUCAACAUGACAAUGACCCAAUACACCUCCAGGCUGUGUAAGGGUUAUUUUACCAAGAAGGAGUGUGAUGGAGUGCUGCAUCAGAUGACCUGGCCUCCACAAUCCCCCGACCUCAACCCAAUUGAGAUGGUUUGGGAUGAGUUGGACCGCAGAGUGAAGGAAAAUCAGCCAACAAGUGCUCAGCAUAUGUGGGAACUCCUUCAAGACUGUUGGAAAAGCAUUUUUCAUGAAGCUGGUUGAGAGAAUGCCAAGAGCGUGCAAAGCUGUCAUCAAGGCAAAGGGUGGCUAUUUUGAAGAAUCUCAAAUAUAAAAUAUAUUUGAUUUAACACUUUGCUUACUACAUGAUUCCAUAUGUGUUAGUUAAUAGUUUUGAUGUCCUCACUAUUAUUCUACAAUCUAGAAAAUAGUUUAAAAAAUAAAAAGAAGAAAAUAACUUGGAAUGAGUAGGUGUGUCCAAACUUUUGACUGGUACUGUAUGUAUGUAUAUUCCAGACUUACAUUGUUGUUCUGAUGUUUCUUAAUUUUUAGUUUUUGGAUUUGUGUGUAUUGUUAGGUAUGCUGCACUGUUGGCUCUAGAAACAUAAGCAUUUCACUGCACCUGCGAUAACAUCUGCAAAAUAUGUGUAUGCGACCCAAUAACAUUUUAUUUGAUAAAAAAACAAAAAAAUCUCUAGCAAAUUCACAAACUGAAAAUACAAAAUGCUGUGAGUGUGCAUUUGGGAUUUACGUAUGAACUUUUACACAAUCACAAUGUUUUACUGUGUAAUACAACAACAACAAACACAAUUGGUAUGAAAACACGUCCAUCUCUCCCGCUCCAGAUCCUGGUCUGGGUAGCCCGGUGUACAAAGACUACCAGCGUAGCUUUGUCCAGGAGAGGGACAGGGACAUGUAUGUGGACCGCAGCAUCAACAAGGACGACUACAACCUCUUCAGCUGUCUCUCCAGGUCAGUUACAGAGGACACGUCUUCUGCACAAACCUUAUUAGGUUUAGAAGGUAUGUCUAUCAGGAAAUGAAGCUGAUAUGCAAAUGAAAAGAAGCAGGAGGCGGUGCUAAAAUAGAGUCCCACGUUUAUAUCACCAAAGAAAACCUAAGAUGGAAAGAAGGAAGUGUUUUGGGGAAACACAUUGUUCCUGAUUGAAUGACUCCAUUGAUGUGUAAUUUGACAUCCCGCCCCUCCUCCUCCGUCUAGGAACCCUUGGCUCCCGGGCUGGAUCCUGACCACCACUCUGAUCAUGUCUAUUCUGGUUCUCAUCUGGAUCUGCUGUGCUACCGUGGCGACCGCUGUUGACCAAUAUGUCCCUGCUGAGGUAACGUCCCCCUAGGUCAAAAAAAUAUGAAGGAGUAUUCUAAUAUCCCAUCUUUGCGUAAAUGCAACAACAACAACAACAAAAAAGGGGCUAUCUAGCAACGGCUCUGGUCCCAUGAAUUCCACUUAACCUGGGUACAGAUGUCAGAUCUUAAUUUGACCCAUUUCGUCACAGGAGGAAAAUAAUCCUGCAGCAGGAGAAUUUGAUUGAAUGAUAUUUAGAAUCGCCACCAUGGGGCAGCUAGCAGAGGUGUUUGUAGGCUAUACAAUGCAGUACCGUACCACAGAGUUUCUAAACCCAGGGGCUCAACAUCGCGAGACAUCCAGGAACGCUUGCGAAACAGGACAAAGCAGACCAGGUCGGGGUUUGGUGUUUUGAGAAGUCAAUGAGACAAGUGAAAAAGUCUUCCUUAGUUGUUAAUCCAGGCUCUGUCGUAGCCGGCCGCAAUUGGCCAAGCGUCGUCCAGGGUAGGGGGAGGGAAUGGCCGGCAGGGAUGUAGCUCAGUUGGUAGAACAUGGCGUUUGCAACGCCAGGGUUGUGGGUUCGAUUCCCACGGGGGGCCAGUAUAAAAAAAAUAAUGUAUGCACUCACUAACUGUAAGUCGCUCUGGAUAAGAGCGUCUGCUAAAUGACAAAAAUGUUAAUUAAGAAGUCAAUGAGAGAAGUGAAAAAGUCUUCCUUAGUUGUUAAUUUCGCAACCUGGAUUCGAGGCCAAUUUCUUAAGUAGUUGAACAUGUUAUUAAUCCAACCUCGUGGAAGUGACAAACCUGACACUUUCAUUUUUGCCAAAAACAACUUUAAUAACGAAAGAGUGCCUUUUUGAUUUGACGGCGUGUACAUGCGCAGUUCGGUGAGACGCGACCGUUAGACCCGAUGACAUGUUUCUGCGUAUGAUCUUAGGUAGCCACCGUGCUUGUUUUAACGAAGUUGGAUCAAAGCUGAAUCAAUGUCUGCAAGGUCAAUAUAGUAGCAUACUAGUGUAACGUUACUGGAAGACAAAAAACACCACCCCAUUUUUCUCUCACGUGGCCAAAACUCAACGUCGCGCACCACUAGGCAAAAUACACAGGUAGGCUAUGCUACAGUUAACGCCAUCUUUAAAAUUUCACUCACUUAAGGCUACAUCAUUCAAAACAAUACUGUAGGCUACUUUAAACAACACUAUAUAACUCAAGAAGAUCUAAAUGUAUAUCCCCGUGAAACUGACUGACAUCAAAUGGUUCCUAUGCAGAUGCUGCAUGGGAUGUUUCACCGGUAAAAAUGAUCAUUCGCGAUUGAAUGUGGUGGUGUUUUCGUCUUGCAAUAACGUUAUGCUAUUUGGUUUUGUUAGGUCGAAUACUGAGAUCAUUGUGAUCUUGCAGACAUUGAUUCAGCUUUGAUCUAACUUUUAUUAAACGAGCACCAUUCGUCUGAGUAGCCUGUUCUCUACGCAUAGAGUACAAUACACAUGAGCAGAACGUGAUCCGCACAUGAAGCUUCCGGAAGCUCCGGAUCUUUUAGUCCAGCAGACUAAAUAUCCAGAAAAGGUUUGAUUCGCAGCCAUGGCCUAAAAUAAGUUUCUGGUAUGGUCAUUUUAUUUUCAAGAUCGGGGGUAAAAUAUCCCAUAUUGAAAUGUGUAACUAAAUCUAGUCAAUCGGGCGAUUUGAGUUAUUUGUGCCAGAAGGGCAUGGGUCAUACCGUCACGGAUGUGUGCGCUGAAGGCAGCGGCCCUUGGGUUGAAUAUAAUAAUUAUCAUUCCCUUCUCCCGGCUGCUAAUCGCCGUGCUCCGAGGCACCUCUCACUCACAUGGCUCUCUCAGAUAUCUCAAUUCUUAUUAGCCAAUGCCCUUCCUUCUCACGGGCAUCUCGGCUCCGAAGUAGGCUACAAGUGAAGACAGACACGUUGAGGACACAACUGAGCCCAUCCUUCUUAUCCAAUUCCGAGGCGCACAUUGAAGAUGUUAGAAGAACUGUCCACAUUUACUUUUCGUCAGCCGACAAGAUGAGUAGGCCUAACGAACAGCAAAAGCACUAGCCUAUGUUUAAUCUUCUAUCCCCCAUAGUACAAAAGUUUACCUAUUCUAUUGGUCAACUUGUCCUUCUGUGCAAGAAAUAAACAUUCCAAACCUAGUCUGGGACAGUUGUGGGAUGCGAUAGAUCCCAAAUUAAUACAACCACUAGCAUCAAAAAAAACUUUUAAAAGCAAUGAGGCUGAUGCAACUGAUCAGAACGUUUAGCUUAAAAUGUUGAUAAACUAUGUAAGUGCAGCAAUGUCACACGGCAGUAGGCUGUAAUCGCGAAUGUUACAAAAUGCAAUCAAUUAGCGGGAAAACACUGUUCUCAAAAGUGACCGCAAAUGCUUUUAUCCAUGUAAUAAUGCUUUAUUAUAAAAGUGCAUUUUUAUGGUGAAGAUUAUCUUCCCCAAACUUGAUUCACGCGCCGCCUAUGUAUGCCUGUUAGGCUCUACACCGGUUGUAAAGGGGAUUAAUGUGCUUCAUUUUAAAGUUAUUUGACCACUUUAGUUGCGAUACGAACCUUAUCAAAGCAUAUAAGCCUGAGCUAGGCUACAUGAGGUGUGCGACUGAUUUGAAAAAGUCGCAAAAAAAGGCAUUCACUGUUUCUUGCCUUACUGCAAACGCUGGGCAUCAUUCACAAGUAAUAAUAUAUCAUUCACAAGUAAUAAUAUAUCAUUCACAAGUAAUAAUAUAUCAUUCACAAGUAAUAAUAUAUCAUUCACAAGUAGUAAUAUAUCAUUCACAAGUGAUAGGCUAAUAUUGUCACCCAUCAGACUAUUCUUAAUUUAAUCUUGUCUUUACCUUUACUAAAUAAUAUAUGUGUGAAAUUAGUUUUGAUUUAGAAUGGACCAUUAUCAUUCGCCUGUCUCGGGAACAGGGGCAGGGGGGAAAAAUACAUGGAAUCUAUGCACUUAAAUAGCGAAUGAAGGACGCUUUUCCCGUGGUUCAUUUUCAUGCCAGCCAGGUAGGCUAUAAUACUCCUGUUGUAAAGCGAAGCAAUGUGCUAAAUCAAAUCAAAUGUUAUGUGUCACAUGCGGCGAAUACAACUGGUGUAGACCUUACCGUGAAAUGCUUACUAACAAGCCCUUAACCAACAAUGCCGUGUUGAGAAAAUAUUUACUAAAUAAACGAAAGUAAAAAAAAAAAAAAAAAAAAUUUAAAACAAGUUACACAAUAAAAUAACAAUAAUGAGGGUAUAUACAGGGGAUACAGGUUAGUCGAGGUAAUUUGUACAUGUAGGUAGGGGUAAAGUGACUAUGCAUAGAUAAUAAACAGAGAGUAGCAGCAGUGUAAAAGCAAAAGAGGGGGGGUCAAUGCAAAUAGUCCGGGUGGCCAUUUGAUUAAUUGUUCAGCAGUCUUAUGGCUUCGGGGUAGAAGCUAUUAAGGAGCCUUUUGGACCUAGACUUGGCGCUCCGGUACCGCUUGCCGUGUGGUAGCAGAGAGAACAGUCUAUGACUUGGGUGACUGGAGUCUUUGACAAUUUUUUGGGCCUUCCUCUGACACCGCCUAGUAUAUAGGUCCAGGAUGGCAGGAAGAUUGGCCCCAGUGAUGUACUGGGCUGUACGCACUACCCUCUGUAGCGCCUUACGGUCGGAUGCCAAGCAGUUGCCAUACCAGGCGGUGAUGCAACCGGUCAGGAUGCUCUCGAUGGUGCAGCUGUAGAACUUGUUGAGGGUCUGGGGACCCAUGCCAAAUCUUUUCAGUCUCCUGAGGGGGAAAAGGUGUUGUCGUGCCCUCUUCACGACUUUCUUGGUGUGUUUGGAGCAUGAUAGAUUGUUGGCGAUGUGGACGCCAAGGAACUUUAAACUCUCGACCCGCUCCACUACAGCCCCGUCGAUGUGAAUGGGGGCGUGUUCGGCCCUCCUUUUCCUGUAGUCCACGAUCAUCUCCUUUUGUAUUGCUUAAUAUUAGGAAAGUUGAGAAAUAAUUAAAGUAGGCCUAGCCUAUGGAAAGCUGAUGGGAUCCUCCUCUUUUUAAGAGGCCAUCAACUUUGUUUUCUCACACAAUUGCAUAGCUCAUGUGCUCUCGUGAAGUGUUUGAUUUGAUUUUCGAAUACAUUUGCAUUGAUGUCAGAGUGAUUAGAGGGACAAUAGAGUGCUGAGUACCAGGCAGUUAGCAAGUUUGGUAUCUAAUGACCAUUAGCAGCAUCAGAGCUUGGAGAAGCCUAAUUACCGUGACUGCGGUCAUGACUCGUGACUGGCGGUGUGGCGGUAAUAUGGUCACUGUAACAGCCCUAGUCCAGGUAGCUAUUUGGUUAACUAUUUAUCAGUCUGAUGGCUUGGGGGUAGAAGCUGUUCAGGGUCCUGUUGGUUCCAGACUUGGUGCAUCAAACUAUUCAACUGACAGGUUUUAGUGCACUUAAGUGGUUUAUUAACACCAUUCCUACAGAUGGUAGUAAUCAAGAAGGAACCAAAGUAUCCAUAUCAAUAUUGAAAAUCAAACUUUUACGUCUUUGUCUUUUGUAGAAACUGAGUAUCUAUGGAGACAUGGAGUACGCCAAGGACAACAAGCUGCUGACCCCUUACCCAGCAUCCUCUCUGGUCAUCAUCACCUCCGGGCCGGGGCAGGAUGAGGAGGCUGGACCACUCCCUUCCAAAGUCAACCUGGACCAGUCCAACGUCUAAACAUCUAGGGUCCAAACCAGCUAGCCUGGGUACCAAUCUGUUUGUGCUAUCUUUCCGCUUCUUGCCACUCCUUGACUGGCAAGGAGUGACAUGAUAACACAAACAGACCUUUACCCAGGCUACAAACCAACAGGGUGGAGAAGGUGAUGAUAAAACUAGUCCUGGAGUAAGAGGCAUUUUUAUGGAGAUUUUCCCAUUGAGCAUGUGUUUUAGUCCAGGACUACGAUUAAUCUGGACUAGUGAAUUGAAACAUGAUUGUGCAGGGUGAGAAGAGUUAUGAAAAAGCAUGCUAAAUGGAUUUCCAUUGAAAGGGGUGUUCUUUAGUCCAGGAAUGGGCUUAAUCUGGGUCUGCAAACUGAAGCUGGCCCUUUUUAGAAAGCCCAAGUCAGUCUUACGUUUUCACACUGUUAGACCCCUUUUUAGUCUAAAUUGUAAAAACUGCUUCAAGCACAUUUUGUAUUGGCUGUUGUCUUGUUCCUCUUUCAAGUUCUGGAGAUUAGCAUAAUAAGGGGGGGGGGGGCUUAUUUUU